UUCUUUCACAAUCUCCACGGUCGCCACUCCCUGCGACUACAAAUAGGCCCUCGAUCUCCCUAAUUUGACGUAGUACGAUCGAUUAGUUAGCAUUCAGCGCCGGCGAUGGCAAGCCAACUGCCACCUUCGGGCCGCCCCUGGUUGCUCCGCCUCGCCUCACAGGCCGGCCGGGCCGAUCCGCAAGCCGAGGCGUCGUCGCCGCCGCAGCCGACAGCUCCCCAGCAGGCGCCGCGACCCGUCGGACUGCCCAUUCGCCAGGCUUCGUUGGCGCUCGGGCGGUCGCCUCUGGUGCCACCUGCCGCGGCGACCCAACCGUCACAGCCGCCGCCAGUAGCAACUCAGCCUGCGCCAUUACGUCCGUUUACACUCGCUACAAACGGUUCCGCCGUCGUUACGCCACGCCAGUCGCCGACGCCCCCUUUAGCGAUGGCGAGACGGUCUCCUCCUCCUCCGUCUCCCAAGGUGGUCACGCCAGAGCCCGCGCCGCCGAAGACGGUUCCUGAAAUCCAAGUGAAGCGCACCGUCGAAGAGCAGCAGCCGAAGAAAAAUGGAACUGCGGUAGAGGGAAUUAAGAACGGUGGCAAUGGCAACUUGAUCCCGCCGCCGCCGCCGCCGCCCUCUAUUAAUUCCGCGGCAGCAGAUCAGAAGGAGGAGAAAAAGUACUCCCCAGCAUCCGGAAAAGGCUGGGCAAUGCCGACGAGCGCCGCGGCGACGGCAGCAAACAAACAAGGAGCGAGAGAUCAUAUGGGGGGCAUCACCAUCGCCGGGUACAACGUCGGCGCUUUCAUGGAUCUCGGCACGUCUUCUUCGUCCUUCAGCCAUCAGAUACGGAGGCAGCAGGUCCGAUCCAUGAAAAUAGAUGAAUAUUCUGACGCAGAAGACGCGACGAAAACAGAGGGCAAGACGAAGAAGCCAUGGCCGUCGAUGGUGAACAACAACGUGCAGAGCGUGAACAACUCGUUGGUCUUCGGCACUCGGCUUGUGCAGGGCAGCCCCGGCGUGCACGUAAACCUCACCAAGAACCGCAAGUGAAGUUCGACAUCAUUCUCUUCAGCACUGAGUUCCUCUUCUUCUUUCUUGUUUUCCGCCGCCGCCGCUGCAGAUAGAGCAGCAGCAUGUUUCGGCCUAAAUAAUUACUACGCACUGUUUCCCUGGUUCUACUUGUUCGAGUUAAUUUAUCUUUUCUACCGAAUGAAUACUCUUUCCUAAUC